CACACUUCCAACAUUAAAUUCAUUGACACUUCGUCGUUAACGUCAGUCGCACGUUGUGUGAAAUCGGUAAAAAUUUCAAGUUCAAUCAAUUAAAAUGCCCAUCGCUACCAGCGUCUGUGCUGCAUCGAAUGACAAUCGUGAAGAUGCAGCAGACAUUCCAAUUAUUGACGUUCAAGAAUACAUGAAUAAUGGGAAAUUGGCUAAAGAACAAUGUAGAAAGGUGGCUGACUCAUUGCAACAGCAUGGCAUUUUGAUUGUGAGAGAUACGAGAGCUUCCGAAGGGGAUAAUGCAACAUUCCUCGAUAUGAUGGAACGGUAUUUCGAACAGACGGAUUUCACCACCGAUGCACGACCUAAUUUGAGUUAUCAAGUUGGUGUCACCCCUGAGUUAAUAGAACGACCCAGGAAUCAUUGUCAACGUGCGGCUAAGCUCGAACAGUCCAAUCAACCGGUCACUUUAUGUCCCCCAGAACUGGAUAAGAAAAGCCGUUUCUUCUGGCGCAUUGGUCAACGUCCAGAGAAAACGGAAUUCAAGGAGCUGAAUGCCGAUCCAGUUAUUCCGAAAGCGUUUCCCGAAUGGUCCGUUGUAAUGGAUAUGUGGGGCAACAAAAUGCUUGCCACUUUGCAUGAGAUCGCUGGCAUGGCUGCUGAAGGUUUCGGACUGGAAAAGGAUGCAUUUCAUAAGUUCAUGAAAAAUGGACCGCAUUUGCUCGCUCCAACUGGCUCGAAUUUCAAUCGAUAUGGGAAACUUGACACUGUCCUCGCUGGAUUUCAUUAUGAUUUGAAUUUCCUUACGAUUCAUGGAAAAUGCAGAUUCCCUGGCCUGUACAUUUGGUUGAAAGACGGAAGAAAAAUGUUAGUUCGAGUUCCAGACGGAUGCCUACUCGUUCAGGCGGGCAAACAAAUCGAAUAUCUCACUGGUGGCUACAUUCGCGCUGGUUUUCACGAAGUUGUCGUCACCAAUGAAACGUUGAAGACAAUCGAUCGUCGUGCCUCGAAAAAUGAAUCUUUGUGGCGUGUUUCAUCGACAUUAUUCGGUCACAUCGCUUCCGAUUGCGUACUGGAACCAUUAGACGCUUUCGCCACCCCCGAAUCAAAGAAGACGUAUCCUCCAAUACUAGCUGGUGACCAAGUCCUUCAAGAAUUGAAUCAUAUACAGCUCGGCACCGGUUACACUUUGAACCGUUAAAAUCCACCGAUUCAAGAACGAUUUUACGUUCAGUUGAACAUUUACCUCGUCUAGCUUGCAGUAUUUUCUUAUUUUACUUGUUACACUACAUUUACAGCGCAGAAAUUAUACUUUUAUUGUUGAAGUGA